UUGCGCAUGUGCAGUGGGCCUGGCGCAAGUCGCCCCCGCAGCCCGUUUUCCACAUGGUACGCCCUGCCUCGGCUCGCACCGCCCCCUCCCUGUUGGUUUCCGCGCGAAAAAGCCUGGGCCUCGCUCUUCAGCUGCCAGCGCUGUCUUGUCGCUGUCUUGUCCGCGAUGCCGGCCAGAACCGCCCCGGCCCGGGUACCUGCGCUCGCCUCGCCAGCCAUCUCGCUGCCCGAGCAUGUCCGCAGGCGGCUCAAAGACUUGGAAAGAGACAGUUUAACAGAAAAGGAGUGCGUUAAGGAAAAAUUAAACCUCUUGCAUGAAUUUCUGCAAACAGAAAUAAAGAAUCAGUUAUGUGAUUUGGAGACCAAAUUACAUAAAGAGGAAUUAUCUGAGGAGGGCUACCUGGCUAAAGUCAAAUCCCUUUUAAAUAAAGAUUUGUCCUUGGAGAACGGAGCUCAGUCUCUCGCCCGAGAAGCCAACGGCUGUGCAGCCAACGGGAGCCAGCCAAGCCGUGAGGGCCGCAGAGCAGGAAUGGCUGACUCAAACCCUCUCCCCAGACCCAGCCCCAAGCCUCGGGCAUCCAGGAGAAGCAAGUCCUACGCUGAAGCUUCAUCUAGCUCCAUUGUUACAAGGAGAGCCACCAGGCAGACCACCAUCACAUCUCAUUUCACAAAAGGCUCGGCCAAACGGAAACCAGAGGAAGAAUCUGAACGCAUAGCCUCGGAGGAGUCUGAAGUGGAGAGAGACCAGGAUGAGAAGAGACGAAGAGUUACAUCCACAGAACAAGAUGGAGUUUUUAUGGAAGAGCCAGAAAGAGUAACGCCGGGAACCCACACUGAUGAGCAAGAUGAGCAGGAGGAUGACAGAUUUCACAGGCAAAGCCGAGAAAGAACAUCCAGGCAGAGAUCACAUGAGGAACUGGACAGAGAGACAAGACCAGGAACCCACACUGAAAUGGAGGACGAAGGCGAAGAUGAAAGAAAGCCCAGAAGUCAACCCAGAGAUUUAGCUGCCAAGCGGCGAUCCGAGGAGGCUGAACCAGAGCGGGUGACUCCACAGACUCCUGAGGGCAGAGACGAGGAUGAAAGGGAAGAGAAGAGGCGCAAGACAAUAUCCAAAGAACCAGUUGAGAAAAAAGCAGCCCGUAACAAAGUGUCCAUGAACUCAAAGAUCCAGCCGCCACGCUGUGUCCAGUGUGGUCAGUACCUGGACGACAUGGACCUCAAGUACCAGCAGCACCCACCCGAUGCUGUGGAGGAGCCGCAGAUGCUGACUAAUGAGAAACUCUCAAUCUUUGAUGCCAAUGAGUCGGGUUUUGAGAGCUAUGAGGCCCUGCCUCAGCAUAAGCUCACAUACUUCAGUGUGUACUGCAAGCGUGGCCACCUGUGUCCCAUUGACACGGGUCUCAUCGAGAAGAAUGUUGAACUCUACUUUUCUGGUACUGCAAAGGCCAUCUAUGAAGAUAACCCAUCUUUGGAAGGUGGUGUUAAUGGCAAAAACCUUGGGCCCAUCAAUGAGUGGUGGAUCACUGGCUUCGAUGGAGGCGAGAAGGCACUUAUCGGCUUCAGCUCCUCAUUUGCAGAAUAUAUCCUCAUGGAACCGAGCCCUGACUAUGCACCAAUAUUUGGGCUGAUGCAGGAGAAAAUUUACAUCAGCAAGAUUGUGGUUGAGUUCCUUCAGGGCAAUCCUGAUGCCACCUAUGAAGACCUGAUCAACAAGAUUGAGACUACCGUCCCACCUUCUGCCAUCAACCUGAACCGGUUUACAGAGGACUCUCUUCUGCGCCAUGCCCAGUUCGUGGUGGGCCAGGUAGAGAGUUAUGAUGAUGCCAAGGACAGCGAUGAGCCACCUAUCUUCCUGUCCCCCUGCAUGAGAGAUCUGAUCAAGCUGGCUGGGGUCACCCUGGGACAGAGGCGAGCUGAGCGCCGUCAGACCAUCAGACACUCUGCCAAGGAGAAGGACAAGGGGCCUACCAAGGCCACCACCACCAAGCUCGUCUACCAGAUCUUUGACACCUUCUUUGCAGAGCAGAUUGAGAAGGAUGACAGAGAGGACAAGGAGAAUGCCUUCAAGCGCCGCCGCUGUGGUGUCUGUGAGGUUUGUCAGCAGCCCGAGUGUGGGAAGUGCAAGGCCUGCAAGGAUAUGGUCAAGUUCGGAGGCACUGGACGGAGUAAGCAGGCCUGUCUCAAGAGGAGGUGUCCCAAUAUGGCCAUGAAGGAGGCAGAUGAUGACGAUGAGGAGGUUGAUGACAUCCCAGAGGUACCUUCGCCCAAGAAGAUGCACCAGGGCAAGAAAAAGCAGCAAAACAAGGCUCGAAUCUCCUGGACUGAAAAGUACGUGAAGGUUAUUGACAAGAGGUACUAUCACGAGACGGUGUGCAUUGACGAUGAAAUCCUGGAGGUGGGGGACUGUGUCUCCGUCAUCCCUGACGACCCCUCCAAACCGCUCUACCUAGCCAGGGUCACAGCCUUGUGGGAGGAAGCCAACGUGAAGAUGUUCCAUGCACACUGGUUCUGUAUGGGGACUGACACAGUCCUUGGGGCCACCUCUGACCCCUUGGAGCUGUUCCUGGUGGGCGAGUGUGAGGACAUGCAACUGUCAUACAUCCACAGCAAGGUCAAGGUUGUCUACAAAGCACCUUCUGAGAACUGGGCCAUGGAGGGAGGCAUGGAUCCCGAGGCCAUGCUGCCCACUGCUGAAGAUGAUGGCAAGACUUACUUCUACCAGCUGUGGUAUGACCACGAGUACGCCAGGUUUGUGUCCCCUCCAACGACCCAGCCAACGGAGGAGAACAAGUUCAAGUUCUGUCUGGGCUGUAUCCGGCUAACUGACCUGAAGCAGAAGGAAAUGCCCAAGGCCUUGGAGCAGAUUAACGAGGUGGAUGGCCGGCUUUACUUUAGGUCUGUCACCAAGAACGGUGUGCUCUACCGGAUAGGUGACAAUGUCUACCUGCCCCCUGAGGCCUUCUCCUUCAACAUCAAGCUGUCCAGCCCUGUGAAGCGUCCCCGGAAGGAGCCUGUGGAUGAGGACCUGUACCCUGAGCACUACCGGAAGUACUCAGACUACAUCAAAGGCAGCAAUCUGGAUGCACCUGAGCCCUUCCGCAUUGGCCGGAUCAGGGAGAUCCACUGUGGCAAGAAGAACGGCAAGGUCAACGAGGCGGAUCUCAAGAUCCGGAUCAACAAGUUCUACCGGCCUGAGAACACUCACAAGUCCACCCCGGCGAGCUACCACGCAGACAUCAACCUGCUGUACUGGAGUGAUGAGGAGACAGUGGUGAACUUCAGUGACGUGCAGGGCCGCUGCACUGUGGAGUAUGGGGAGGACUUGGCCGAGUGCCUACAGGACUAUUCCCAGGGGGGCCCCGACCGCUUCUACUUUCUUGAGGCCUAUAAUGCCAAGAGCAAAAGCUUUGAAGACCCUCCAAACCAUGCCCGCAGCCCUGGGAACAAGGGCAAAGGAAAGGGGAAAGGGAAAGGGAAGGCAAAGUCACAGGUGUCUGAGCCCAUUGAGACCAGUGAGCCUGAGGCGGCCAUCAAGCUAUCCAAGCUGCGAACCCUUGACGUGUUUUCUGGCUGUGGAGGGUUAUCAGAAGGAUUCCACCAAGCAGGUGUCUCGGAGACGCUGUGGGCCAUUGAGAUGUGGGAGCCAGCAGCCCAAGCAUUCCGGCUGAACAACCCAGGCUCCACCGUGUUCACAGAGGACUGCAACGUGCUACUUAAGUUGGUUAUGGCUGGGGAGGUGACCAAUUCUCUGGGUCAGCGGCUGCCACAGAAGGGUGAUGUGGAAUUGCUAUGUGGUGGACCACCCUGCCAGGGCUUCAGUGGCAUGAACCGCUUCAACUCCCGAACCUAUUCCAAGUUCAAGAACUCCCUGGUGGUCUCCUUCCUCAGCUACUGUGACUACUACCGGCCACGGUUCUUCCUGCUGGAAAAUGUCAGGAACUUUGUCUCCUUCAAGCGCUCCAUGGUGCUGAAGCUCACGCUGCGCUGCCUGGUCCGCAUGGGCUACCAGUGCACCUUUGGUGUGCUGCAGGCUGGACAGUAUGGUGUGGCUCAGACACGCAGGCGAGCCAUCAUUCUAGCCGCUGCCCCAGGUGAAAAGCUGCCUCUGUUCCCAGAGCCUCUACAUGUGUUUGCGCCCCGAGCCUGCCAGCUGAGCGUUGUGGUAGAUGACAGGAAGUUUGUCAGCAACAUCACCAGGCUCAGCUCAGGCCCAUACCGGACCAUAACGGUGCGGGACACCAUGUCUGACCUGCCUGAGAUCCGGAAUGGAGCAUCAGCAUCUGAGAUAUCCUACAAUGGGGAGCCACAGUCCUGGUUCCAGAGGCAGCUUCGGGGUUCGCACUACCAGCCCAUCCUCAGGGACCACAUCUGCAAGGACAUGAGCCCAUUGGUGGCUGCCCGCAUGAGGCACAUCCCCCUGGCCCCAGGCUCGGAUUGGCGUGAUCUGCCCAAUAUCCAGGUGCAGCUGACUGAUGGCACGCUGGCUAAGAAAUUGCGCUAUACCUUCCACGACAAGAAGAAUGGUCGCAGCAGCUCCGGAGCCCUGCGAGGUGUCUGUUCCUGUGUGGAAGCUGGCAAGGCGUGCGAUCCCACGGCUCGGCAAUUCAACACUCUCAUCCCCUGGUGCUUGCCACACACCGGAAACCGCCACAACCACUGGGCUGGGUUGUAUGGGCGCCUCGAGUGGGAUGGGUUCUUCAGCACCACCGUCACCAACCCCGAGCCCAUGGGCAAGCAGGGCCGUGUGCUGCACCCUGAGCAGCACCGGGUGGUGAGCGUGCGUGAGUGUGCCCGCUCGCAGGGCUUCCCUGACACCUACCGGCUCUUUGGCAACAUUCUGGACAGACACCGGCAGGUGGGUAAUGCCGUGCCACCUCCACUGGCCAAAGCAAUUGGCCUAGAGAUCAAGCGCUGUAUGCUGACCAAAGCUCAGGAAUGUGCCUCAGCUACAGUUAAAUCGAAAAUGGAAGAGAAGAAAAAGGAGGUGGAGAAGGAAGAGGUGGAGGCAGAGGAGAAGGCGGUGGAGGAGAAGGAGGAGGUGGAGGAAGUGGAGGUGACCACCAUGGACUAGUGCUCUCAUCCCCUUGCCCUGGCACCAGGAGCCCCCACAUGCACUGAUAUUGUUUUUAACCUGUCAUGCCCCGUUGGUUGAAAUGUGUUGUGCAGUGUCCGUGGCUGCGGUUGGCAAAGCUGAGAUUUGCUUUGUGACCGAGCCAUGCAGUCGUGUGCGUGUUCUGGAUUUUAAAAGUUUUUAUUAUGCAUUAUAUCAAAUUACCACUGUACAAGUGGAAAUGAAGACUUUAUGUAGUUUUUAUAUGUUGUAAUAUUUCUUCAAAUAAAGCUCUCCUGUAAA